GGCUACCUGUUUGCAUGGUUUCAAGGCACAAUGAGGCAUGCAGGCUUUUGGAAACUUUGGCUUUGGGUGGCAAUGCUCCUGCUUCCUGCUUCCACUUCGGUGACCGUCAGGGAUAAGCCAGAAAUGCCAUGUCCUAUACUGAGAACAGAGGGACAUCAGUUGACACAAGACAACAGAAAUAAACUUGAAGUUUCAGGAUUUGAUCUAGGAGAAAGAUUUUCUCUGAGACGUGCAUUUUGUGAAGGUGACAAAACCUGUUUCAGGUUGGGAAGUGCACUUCUUAUCAGAGACACUGUCAAGAUAUUUCCUGAAGGUUUUCCUGAGGAGUUCUCUGUGGCAGCCAUGUUUCGUGUACGAAGAAAUACCAAAAAGGAACGGUGGUUUUUGUGGCAGGUUUUAAACCAGCAGAAUAUGCCACAGGUUUCUGUCGUAGUUGAUGGUGGAAAGAAGGUAGUGGAAUUUAUGUUUCGGGACCCCGAGGGAGACGUGUUGAACUUCAUUUUCAGAAAUCGAGAACUUCGUCAUUUGUUCGAUCGUCAGUGGCAUAAACUUGGCAUUGGGGUACAAUCUCGGGUCAUCUCACUCUACAUGGAUUGCAAUUUGAUUGCAAGCCGGCAGACUGGAGGAAAAGACACUGUGGAUUUUCGUGGGCGGACAGUUAUUGCGGCCAGGGCUGCAGAUGGCAAGCCUGUGGACAUUGAACUUCACCAACUUAAAAUCUACUGUAAUGCAAACUUCAUAGCUCAAGAAACAUGCUGUGAAAUAUCAGACACUAAGUGCCCGGAGCUGGAUAGCUUUGGAAGCAUUGCAUCAUCAUCUAUGACCACACAUGCUGGGAAAAUGUCCGCAUAUAUGCCAGACCAGCAGGAACUUACAGACCGGUGCCAGUGCAUUCCGAGCCAGGGAGAAGCAGGUUUGCCAGGAGAUCCAGGCUCACCUGGGCAGAAAGGCGAUAAAGGAGAUCCGGGUGAAAAUGGCUUACAUGGUGAUCUAGGAUUACCUGGUCAAAAGGGAGAACAAGGUUUUGAAGGCAGCAAAGGAGAAAUUGGUGAAAAGGGUGAACAAGGAGAAAAAGGAGAUCCAGGUCUGGCUGGUCUUAAUGGACAAAAUGGUUUGAAAGGUGACUUGGGUCCUCAAGGUCCACCUGGCCCAAAAGGAGAAAAGGGAGACAUGGGACCUCCAGGACCGCCAGCCUUAACUGACUCCCUGGAGAUACAAGGUCUCCAAGGUCCACCUGGGAAAGAUGGUCAGAGGGGAAGACGAGGGAAGCCAGGACCCCCAGGAAAGCCGGGACCCCCAGGACCGCCUGGACCUCCUGGAAUACAAGGAAUACAACACACUCCUGGUGGACAUUAUAACGAGGGAAAUGGUGAGCGUGGAGCCAGUGGCCCAAAAGGAGAAAAGGGUGAAACUGGACUGCCGGGAUUUCCAGGAUCAGUUGGCCCUAAAGGACAAAAAGGAGAACCUGGGGAGCUUUUUUCAAAAGGUGAAAAAGGAGAUAGGGGAGAACCUGGAAUCGCAGGAUCACAGGGAAUAAAGGGAGAACCCGGAGAUCCUGGCCCCCCUGGCUUCACAGGAAGCCCAGGACUACAGGGUCAGAGAGGACCUGAAGGCUCUGUGGGACCCAGGGGACCACCAGGAGAUGUUGGAUUGCCAGGAGAACAUGGUAUCCCAGGAAAACCAGGCCCCAAAGGAGAGAAGGGAGACCCAGGUGGGACUGUCGGUCCUCAGGGGCCUCCCGGUCCCAAAGGUGAGGCAGGGCCUCCAGGGAAAAGCCUGCCAGGCGACCCGGGAUUAGAUGGCAAUCCUGGGGUACCCGGCCCACGUGGGCCAAAGGGUGAACGAGGGUUACCAGGUGUCCAUGGCGCCCCAGGAGACAUAGGCCUGCCAGGUGUGGGAAUUCCCGGCAGAAUGGGCUCCCAAGGGCCAGCUGGAGAGCCAGGUAUUCAGGGUCCUCGAGGUCUCCCUGGGUUGCCAGGAACUCCGGGGAGCCCUGGGAAUGAUGGAGCUCCGGGGAGGGAUGGAAAGCCAGGCCUGCCAGGCCCCCCAGGCGACCCGAUUGCACUUCCUCUCCUGGGAGACAUCGGUGCCUUACUCAAGAACGUCUGUGGUACCUGCCAGGCCAGUGUCCCCGGGCCAAAGAGCUCCAAGGGAGAGGACGGAGGCGCUGGUGAGCCUGGGAGGCCCGGUCCCACAGCCCGAAAGGGCGACAUGGGACCUCGGGGGCCUCCGGGAAUCCCAGGUAGAGAGGGGCCAAAGGGAAGCAAAGGAGAGCGAGGCUACCCGGGAAUUGCAGGAGAGAAGGGCGAAGAGGGUCUUCAAGGAAUUCCAGGCAUUCCAGGUGCCCCGGGCCCUACUGGACCUCCUGGCCUAUUGGGAAGAACUGGACAUCCCGGCCCCAUGGGAGCAAAGGGUGACAAGGGCAGCGAGGGACCACCUGGGAGACCUGGACCACCUGUGAGUUGUGGUGCACCCUUCAGUGAAGGAAAUGGCAUGGGCAGUUUAUACAAGAUCCAGGGAGGUGUGACGGUUCCCAGCUACCCAGGCCCUCCCGGCCCCCCCGGCCCAAAAGGCGACCCCGGCCCAGCGGGAGAGUCUGGCGCAAUGGGCUUGCCAGGACUGGAAGGAUUUCCAGGCGCAAAGGGUGAUCGAGGCCCAGCAGGUCCCCCGGGAGUGGCUGGGAUACCGGGGAAGCCCGGUGCCCCAGGACCCCCAGGUGUUCCUGGGGAACCGGGUGAGAGAGGACCUGUAGGAGACAUAGGUUUCCCUGGGCCAGAAGGAUCCACAGGAAAGCCAGGAAUGAAUGGAAAAGAUGGAUUACCAGGUGCUCAGGGCAUUGCAGGCAAGCCUGGAGACAGAGGUCCCAAAGGAGAACGUGGUGAUCAGGGAAUUCCAGGAGACCGAGGCCCACAGGGUGAACGGGGAAAGCCAGGGCUUGCUGGCACCAAGGGGGCCAUAGGACCUGUGGGCCCACCGGGGACUAAGGGCUCCGUGGGAACCCCUGGCCACCCAGGCCCGCCAGGCUCUCCAGGCAUCCCCGGCACUCUGGCUGAUGCAGUUUCAUUUGAAGAAAUAAAGAAGUAUAUUAAUCAAGAGGUCCUUAGGAUUUUUGAAGAGAGGAUGGCUGUGUUCCUGUCCCAGCUCAAGCUGCCAGCAGCAAUGUUGGCAGCUCAGGCUCACGGGAGGCCCGGGCCACCAGGAAAGGACGGGUUGCCUGGGCCACCAGGAGACCCUGGACCCCAGGGCUACCGAGGACAGAAGGGAGAAAGGGGUGAACCUGGAAUUGGGCUACCGGGAAGUCCUGGUCUUCCUGGGACCUCAGCCCUGGGUUUGCCAGGUUCACCAGGUGCCCCAGGGCCCCAGGGCCCUCCAGGACCCGGUGGAAGAUGCAAUCCUGAAGACUGCCUCUAUCCUGCACCUCAUGCCCCCCAGCGGGCAGGUGGAAAGUGA